UGUGUGGGGUGGAAAAAACCAGACUUCUCUAACUUAACGGCGAUAUGAAAUGUUAGCUUAGUAAUAAUUUUUAUUUAUACUGUAAAAUGUGACGUCAUUAUUUAAAACAACUUUUGUUCUUUAUUAGACUUGCGUUUUUUAGUAGUACGACUAUGAAUGUUAGUGUUUGUUAGUGCUAUUAUUCGAGUGAACGAACGUGAACACCUACCUAACCUAAGCCCGUGACAUUUAUUGGUGUUGAAAGCAAAUUAAUUCAUGAACAAGAAAGAUCCUUGUAAAAUUCAUGCGUGUGCGAUUCAGAAGUGUUUAAAAGAGAACAAUUUUCAAGAAGAGAAAUGUACACAGUUCAUAGAAUAUCUGAGGAAUUGCUGUGUUAAGUGGGGAUCAGCUUCAACAUCCUGCUCAGGAAUUAAGACAGAUUUGCACCAAGCAAAGGAUGAACAAAAAUCCUAGUAGUCCCUGGAAAGAGAAAAAGUCGUUUUUUGGGAGAGUUGAUGAAAUUGAAUUUCAUAAGGAAGAGAAUCCUAAUUUAUCGGGGAAGAAGAUAGAUGUGAGACGUGCUCGAGUGAAAGAUUUGCCGUUUAUAUACAGAUAUACGAGACACCUCCAGUUUGUAGCAGCAGGGCUCGGUCUGCUCACAGUCCUCAGCAAACCAUUAUACGACACAUAUCUCUACUAUACAGACCAAAAACCAUUGAAACGUGCUGAUAUUCAAUUGCACCCUCGUCCUGUA